AUGCCUACCGCAGUCACUACCACUACCACGGCCGCCUCAUCCAUAUCUCUCAAGGGCUCUCCAGAGCCCUCUUCCGCCCCGUCUUCGUCCACCGUUGCCACCCUCCGCUCGCUUUAUCCCCGCGCUGCUCGUGCGUUUCUACAACGCGAUGUCAUUCUAACGGACUCGCUCCUGUCCUCGGGUCUCUCUCUCAUCAACCCACCUGCAAGUAGAAGCUGCAUCAACGACUCCCUUGCGUCGCACAGGAGAAAAUGGGACAUCCUCAGACUGACGUUCGAGACCACGCUCUAUGCGUCCCCACCCUCGACUCAAGACAGCCUACCUUCUGCCCUCAGAGCCAACCUCAUUCUAUCCCCCGAACCGCUCAUCACCUCACUUCAUACCCGGUCGCUGCAACUGUUCACACCCAGCGACCAUCCACAAAAACCAUCCUCCGCGUUCUUGCCCGCGCAGAUCCUAGUAACCCUUGUCCUCGCCAGCCUCAAGCUCGACAGCGCGGAAGUAGGCCGGAGGAUGAUCGAGGAAUGGCUGGCGAGGCAUGGGCAGGAACCGGACAUGGAAGAUCCAACGGGGUAUGCCAAAGUUCUUGAGCUCUACUGUUUGCACGUCCUCCCGCGCCUGCAAGACUGGGACUAUGCCGAAGACUUCUUGGCAUAUGAAAGCGAGCUGCCUCACCAAGUCCGUUACCAACUCGAGCAGUCUCUCCGCCAACUCUGCACCGAAGCCGCCUCCGCCGAGCACGUUCAGACCGCCCUCCCUUCCAGCCCCUCACUCGCCUCCUCAUCCUCUGGUUCCUCCACCCCUUCCCGCACUCCCUCACCCGCAGUCUCCGACGAUUCCUCGCAGUCCUCUUCGUCCACCCACACCGCGAUCCCGCUCCAAUCGCAGCGCGGCCCCCCUGCGCUAACGCCGCUGACUCCCUCGGGCUCGCACUCCCAGUCACCCACGCCCCGCGCGGACCCACACUCGGCAUCUUCCGCGAGCAUCGCGAGCACCGCGACCUCACGCACGAUCACCCCCUUGCGUACGCCGCGCCGCGCGAAACCGAACGGGACCGCGCACCCGAACGGCGCCGCGAACGGCAGCGCCCACGCGAACGGGCACGCCUACGCGCAGCGCUCCCCGUCGUCCUCCACCCGCGCGGGCGCGCGCUCGCGCUCGUCCACGCCCGCGUCGGGGUCGGGGAUGUCCGCCGCGCUCGUCCCGCGCACGCCGUCGCGAGGCAGCGUGGGGGAGGCGUCGGCGUCGCCCGCGAGCGCGCGUCCGCCGUCGACGCUCGCGCUCGUGCGCGCGGCGCUCGGGUCGCUCGCGCGGGGCACGUCGCGCGCGCAGGUGCUCUUCUACGUCGUUGUCUUCGUCGUCCUCCCCGUCGCGUCGUUCCUCGCGCGCACGGCCGCGGGUGCGGGGAGCGCGGUGGAUGCGGUCCGGCGGCGGUUGCGCGGGACGGACGGGGCGGGGGGCGGGGUCGCGGCGAGGGUGUGGGCGGAGCUUGUGCGGGCGGUGCUCGACACUGUGAACAUGGCAGGGAGGGGGCUGGUGUAG